CAGCCCUUUUGCAAGUUGAAGACUAAAGCUCCCGACGCGGCCCUGGUCCUGAUGGCGGCGGCGGCGGCGGCGGCCCUUGCAGCGGCCGGCGCCCCUCCUGCGAUGCCGCAAGCGGCAGGAGCCGGAGGGCCCACAGCCCGCCGAGACUUCUACUGGCUGCGCUCCUUCCUGGCAGGAGGUAUUGCAGGAUGCUGUGCUAAAACAACAGUUGCUCCUUUGGAUCGAGUAAAAGUUUUAUUACAAGCUCACAAUCACCACUAUAAACAUUUAGGAGUAUUUUCUACAUUGCGUGCUGUUCCCCAAAAGGAGGGAUACCUUGGAUUGUAUAAAGGGAAUGGUGCAAUGAUGAUUCGAAUCUUUCCCUAUGGUGCAAUCCAGUUUAUGGCGUUUGAGCAUUAUAAAACGUUAAUUACUACAAAGCUGGGAAUUUCUGGUCAUGUGCACAGAUUAAUGGCUGGAUCCAUGGCAGGUAUGACAGCAGUUAUCUGUACUUACCCUCUUGACAUGGUUAGAGUACGCUUAGCAUUCCAGGUGAAAGGGGAACACACCUACACAGGAAUUAUUCAUGCUUUCAGAACAAUUUAUGCAAAGGAAGGCGGUUUCCUUGGAUUUUACAGAGGCCUGAUGCCUACUAUAUUAGGAAUGGCUCCCUAUGCAGGUGUUUCAUUUUUUACUUUUGGUACCUUAAAGAGUGUUGGGCUUUCCCAUGCUCCUACCCUUCUUGGCAGACCUUCAUCAGACAAUCCCAAUGUCUUAGUUUUGAAAACUCACAUAAACUUACUUUGUGGUGGUGUUGCUGGAGCAAUAGCACAGACAAUAUCCUACCCAUUUGAUGUAACUCGUAGGCGAAUGCAAUUAGGAACUGUUCUUCCAGAAUUUGAAAAGUGCCUUUGUCAUCAUUUAACCAUUGUCUUUCAGUACCAUGCGGGAGACGAUGAAGUACGUCUAUGGACACCAUGGAAUUCGAAAAGGAUUAUAUCGUGGUUUAUCUCUGAACUACAUUCGCUGCAUUCCCUCUCAAGCAGUGGCUUUUACCACAUAUGAACUUAUGAAGCAGUUUUUUCACCUCAACUGAAAAAAAUAUUAUGAUUUCCUUCCCUUAACAAACUCUCAGAAGGAGAAAUAAAAUGUUACUUUAAUUUUGAGGAGAACAUUACUUGAAGGGGGACAUUUACCCUGUCACAGGAACCACUGGUAUUUAGUACUUGAUGUUUUUUAUUCAUCACAAAUCAAGAAUGCUUGCUACACCUUUGAUGCCAAAAGCUAUACCAUUAAACACUGAAAAAAAAAUGCCUAAACUGAUGCUGGCUAAUCAGUUAGGUUAUUUGAAAUGAUUUAAAAGUGUUAUUUGGAAGUAGAACUAACUUAAAAUGGGAUUCAAAAGGUUGCCAUUAGCUUAUAAUGCUGUUCCAAACUUUUAAUUGUAAUCAUGAUUUGCAAAGACUCUACUAUUGGUUAUAAUAAACAGGCUUAGCAGCAGAAUGAUAAGAACUGACCUUUAAGUUACAUAAACCAUAGCUUAGAAGCCAGCAUUGGAAUAUUACUAUUUGUCUUCUUAAAACUGCUCCAUUGGAUAAAGGGACAAACUCUUUUUCUCUUCAUUUAAAAAAUUGUAUUGAAAAGUAGUCACAUAGACACUCAACAAUAAAUGAAGAAUUUUCAGGUAUUGGUCAAAUGUUAUUACCAGGUAUUAUGACUGAUUUAAAUAUUUUUAAAAGUCAGUGUAUUUUCCAAAGGCAGCAAUAGUAAAUACUGACUAUCUGCUCUAAAAACAGUUUAGCAUUAUAGAUUUGUUUUGUUAAAUGAUUUGGUGUAAACUAGAAAAUUUAUUUAAGUGGACCAUGAAAUAUCCAUUAAUAUAGAUGUGAAUGUCAAAGACUGUUUUUGAAGUAUUGUCAUGAUACGUACAUCAACUAGUUCUUCCAUGUAAAAUAAUUUUAGUGCAAUAUAAACUUAAGUAGCAGUGUAAAAAUGAUUUGAAUUUCUGUCCUUUAUAUUAAAAUGGUUUAAAAUGUAAGAAUUCCAUUUAUUGUGUUUAGAGUACUUUUUAUGUUUUAUUAUAAGCAUGACAGAAAUGGGAGGGAAACAGUUAUAGUUUUGUCCUCAGAAAUAGCGAUUUGUAGAAUUGAUGUGUAUUUAAGACAUUAUAAAAGUAAGUUGAAAGUGGUGUUCCUGCUUCAAUUUUUAUUUUUGCAUAAAAGAUGUCUUGUCUCACCUUGGUAAAAAUUAGAUGAACUGGUUUCAUUUUCAAAGUCUUUAUUUUCAAAUAAAUAUGUAUCUUUGUGUGAUUUAUGAGUGUGUAAGUUUAGGAAUACCUGUGUUCCUAAAACUGUUAUUUAAUUUUAAUUUUUUUUUCCUUUUUAUUGAAUUUAUUGGGGUGACACUGGUUAAAAACAUUAUACAGGUUUCAGGUGCACAGUUCUACAACACAUAAUCUGUACACUAUUGUGUGUUCACUGUCCCAAGCCAAGUCUCUGUCCAUCAGCAUUUUUCCCCCAUACCCUCCUCCACUCCCGCCCCCCGCCCUGUAAUCACCCCAGGCCCUCCACCCCGACAGCUGCUCUCUCUCUAUGAGUCUGUCUCUAUCCUAAAACUAUUUUGUAUAUUUUAAUUUCUGGAUUACACUGUAGCUAAAUAUUGUUAUCAAAUCUCAAGAUAAUUUAAAUGUAUAAAAAUAAGUAUC